UUUCUUUCCCUCUCUCAAACCAACGCAGAGAACAUCAAUCAAAACUUCGCAAACGACAUCGUUUUAACAGCAAAGAUGCUUUCUUCUUCUCCAACUUCCUUCGCUCAUCCCUUCCUCUCCUCUUCUCCGCCUCUCUCCCCCGUAUCUCCUCCCUCUCGCACGGCUCGGAUCUCGCCUACUCUCGUCUCCGCCUCUUGCUCCUACACCUGCACGGAGGACACCCCGCGGUUACACAAGAUCCCGCUUCGAUCGACGACGGCGACAGCUUCGCUAUACGAGAUUCUGGAGGUUCCUCGCGGCGCGACGAGCCAGGACAUCAAAUCGGCGUACCGGAGACUGGCCAGGAUCUGCCAUCCAGACGUGGCGGGAACCGAUCGGACGACGUCGGCUGAUGAGUUCAUGAAGAUCCACGCGGCGUACUGUACGCUUUCUGAUCCUGAGAAACGAUCUGUCUACGAUCGGAGGAUGCUUCGCCGGAGCCGUCCCUUGACCGUCGGUAACUCCGGGAUGGGCAGUUACGUCGGCCGGAACUGGGAAACCGAUCAGUGCUGGUAGUGAGUUGACUCGGUGACCGAGUUGGCUCGCGUUAAUUCGAUUUAAGAGGGAAAAAAAAAGACGAAUCGGUCGUGUAAAUAGGAAACGAUUAAUGUGGAGCUUGACGUUGUAAUUAAUAGUAGUCAUUUUAGCUAAUACGAACGAGGAUUAGUGUGCUAACAUAUGCUAUGCGACGCCGUUUGGUUCGUGUUACGUGUGAUCUAUAAUAUUGAUAUUUACUUUCAGUUCUUUUGA